AAGAGAAAGAUGUUUAAAUUUUAUCAAAUGAAAUAUAUUUUUCAAAUACUGGAUAAAAUGAGAUGCUUGCGAAAACGUUCUACAGUGUCUUUCUUGGGUGUUCUUGUCGUUUGCCUUCUAUUCAUGAACUUGUACAUUGAAGACAGCUAUGUUCUGGAAGGCGACAAACAACUCAUAAGGGAAACAUCCACACAUCAACUUAAUUCUGAACGCUAUGUUCACACAUUCAAGGACUUAUCUAACUUCUCAGGAACCAUAAAUGUUACCUAUCGCUACCUAGCUGCCACUCCUUUACAGAGAAAGAGGUAUCUCACAAUUGGUCUUUCAUCAGUGAAACGGAGAAAAGGAAACUAUUUACUUGAAACAAUAAAGUCAAUUUUUGAACAGUCCAGCUAUGAAGAACUAAAGGAAAUUUCAGUAGUGGUGCAUCUAGCAGACUUUAAUUCCUCCUGGCGGGAUGCCAUGGUCCAGGACAUCAUGCAGAAAUUUGCCCAUCACAUCAUUGCAGGAAGACUGAUGGUUAUACAUGCUCCUGAAGAAUAUUAUCCAGUUCUGGAUGGUCUUAAAAGAAAUUACAAUGACCCAGAGGAUAGAGUCAGAUUUCGCUCCAAGCAGAAUGUCGACUAUGCUUUUCUUCUGAAUUUUUGUGCCAAUACUUCAGACUAUUACGUCAUGCUUGAAGAUGACGUCCGGUGUUCCAAAAAUUUCUUAACCGCCAUCAAAAAAGUCAUCGCAUCCUUAGAAGGGACAUACUGGGUAACUCUUGAGUUCUCAAAACUUGGUUACAUCGGUAAACUCUAUCAUUCUCAUGAUCUCCCACGUCUGGCCCACUUUUUAUUAAUGUUUUAUCAAGAAAUGCCUUGCGAUUGGCUAUUGACUCAUUUUCGAGGUCUCUUGGCUCAGAAAAAUGUGAUCCGAUUUAAACCUUCUCUCUUUCAGCACAUGGGCUAUUAUUCAUCCUAUAAAGGAACUGAAAAUAAACUCAAGGACGAUGACUUUGAAGAGGAGUCAUUCGACAUCCCUGAUAAUCCCCCAGCAAGUCUCUACACCAAUAUGAAUGUCUUUGAAAACUAUGAAGCAAGCAAGGCUUACAGCAGUGUUGAUGAGUACUUCUGGGGAAAGCCACCGUCCAUCGGAGAUACAUUUGUGAUUGUAUUUGAAAAUCCAAUUACGAUUAAAAAAAUUAAAGUGAAUACAGGAACAGAAGAUCGACAGAACGACAUUUUGCAUCAUGGAGCUCUAGAUGUUGGGAAAAAACUUAUAUUAAAGAAACAAAUAAGACAAUGUGACACUUACUUAAGACUGGGGGAUUUCAAACACGGAAACUUUGAAAUGUCAGAGGUGAAUCAAAAAAUUCCAUUUGACAUACAUUGCAUAAGGAUAUGCGUUACCAAAACCCAAAAAGAAUGGCUCAUAAUUCGGAGCAUCAGCAUUUGGACUUCCUAGCCAAUGAAAUCAGUCUA